AUGGCAAAAAUAGUGGUCGCAUUCGACAUUUACGGGACAUUACUCUCGUUCGACGCAGCCACGCAUGAGCUGGAGCAACACUUCCGAGCCGACGGCAACCGCGCCCGCACCGUUGCACAGACAUGGCGACGCUACCAGCUGGAAUAUACCUGGCGACUGAACAGCAUGGGACGCUAUCUGCCCUUCAACGAAGUCACCCGGAACGCCUUAUUACACGCUCUAGACGACACGGGAUCCUUCCUGAGAACGCAAGAGACCGACGAGGUACUAGCAGCCUACAACCGGCUGCAGCCCUUCCCGGACGUCGAGGAAGCACUAACAAAGCUCAUGGACGCCUCCACGGUGCUCAAGCCCGUGGUCUUCUCCAACGGAACGGCCGACAUGGUCAAGGCAUGCAUCGACCACGCGCCGGCCGUGUCCCGGUUCGCGGGAUUGACGGAGAUCAUCAGCGCGCAUGAGGUGCAGCAGUACAAGCCUGCGCAGGCAGCCUACCGACACCUGAGGGAGAAAGCCUGCACGCCAGACACGAAGGAGGUCUGGCUCAUCAGUGCGAAUCCGUUCGAUAUCGCGGGCGCCUUGAGCGCGGGCAUCAAGACGAUCUGGGUGGAUCGCAGUCAGGCUGGUUGGACUGACCGGACGCUGCCCGAUGUCGUGCCCACGGCGGUCGUCAGCCAUCUGACUGAGUGCGUUGACAUAAUCUUAAAAAGAUAAAUCUACUUUAAAAAAAACUAAGAUGAGUCCUUUUUCUCUCAUUGUUGUGCAAGAGAUGCAAGUGCAAAGCUUAAGAGGUGAUGUCCCGCUGUAGUAAUUUCCAAACGCUCCACGCCAAAUGUAGAAGAGUCCGGGGUAAGUCAGCAGAUGUUGCUCUGACCUCCCAUUUCCCCUUCAAGAACCCAUGGAUGAAGAAUUCUCGAAGUGAAUAGGGAGGAG